AUGCACACCCCAUACUCGCCCUUGUCUCAUCCUCAGGCCCGUGGACCUCAAGCACGUCGCGAUCUUGAACCCCGUAACGCCCUCCUCGAAGACUAUAGGUUGACGAAAAUCACGAGAAGAUGGGAGUUACACGAAAUCAAAGGCCAGCUCGCCGAGUUUUGUGGUGAUCAACACGGUUCGAGAUUUAUUCAACAGAAAUUGGAGAACGCGACGGAAGCUGAGCGUCGACAAAUCCUAGAGGAAUUGGAGCCGAAUGUGUAUCAACUCAUGACUGAUGUCUUCGGAAAUUACGUUAUUCAGAAACUCUUCGAAGUGUGUGAUCAAACAGAAAAAGCUGGACUCGCCAAGAAGAUGGAAGGGCAUGUCUUGCAGCUGUCGAUGCAGAUGUAUGGUUGUCGGGUUGUGCAGAAAGCUUUGGAGUAUGUUCUUACAGAGCAACGCGAUGUAUUGGUGGAGGAGUUACGUCCGCAUACUCUGGAAUGUGUCAAGUCAAGCAACGCAAACCAUGUAAUUCACUUACGACUGACGAUUGAGCGACUGAUUACUCUUGAUCCUCCCGAUUUUGUGACCAAAGCCUUCGUCGGUCAUGUGCUGGAACUCGGAACUCACCCAUACGGCUGUCGCGUAUUGCAGAAGACUUUUGAGAACCUGCCUGUGGAAAGAACGCGUGCUCUCAUUGAUGAGAUGCACCUUCAUACUGUCAAAUUUACAAUGGAUCAGUUCGGAAAUUACGUUGUGCAGAGCAUCAUAGACAAGGGUAUCCCUGAAGAUCGCCAUAAAGUCAUUGACAAGUUGUUGCCACAGAUUCAAGAGAUGUCACGACACAAGUUCGCUUCCAAUGUAGUAGAGAAAGCCCUCAAUCAUGCAGACGAAAACGACCGCACUGCCAUUAUAGACGAAAUCAUCGGUCCCAAACCUGACGGAACAAAUCAGAUCCCCUCCUUGUUGAGAGAUGCUUUUGGGAAUUUUGCUGUACAAGUGUGUCGUCUUCUCCUCUCAAACUUGACUUACUGA